AAUGUGAAUAGCUUUAGUUCUCUAAAGUGCUAAACUACUAGCUUCAUAUGUUUGUUCAUGGUCUUUUGCCAUAUUUUCAUUUUAUAUGAUUAUUAGCAAGUAAAUCUUGUUGAGAUUAAGACGAAAUGAUUUCUUUGCUUCUUUACCUUACAAAUGAUCCUUGCUUUUGUUGUGUAGGGAGAUUAAUCUUUGGUUCUGAAAUGAAGACCUAUCUUUCUUCAACUAUCAUUCAUGUCAUACCCUGUGGAUUUAUCAUCAAAAAUCCCUGUUGCUAGAAAAGAGAUGCAGAAGCUUCGUUGAUUCUGGUUUUAACAUUGUUUGUCAUAACUUGGAAUCAUGCCUUACUCAAAAGAGUGAUUGAUAGUCAUGUUAUUUGUUCUAGUUUGAGCCUUUUACAGUAAAGCUAGGAGCAUCAACAUUCAUAUAGUCUCUAACCAAAAUUUAUCAUAAUAUAAUUUUGAUAUAAUGUAAUAUUACAAUUAAAAUUUUAAUAAAGAAAAAAAUAAACUAAUACCAAGAUGACAACUUUCUUAUGAUUCCUUCGAAUAUUUUUUGAGUCUAUAGAAAAUGACUUAUCUCAUUUCUCAUCAAUUUUUCAUAUUUUGUAUAUAUUUUCAUUAAUUUUAAUUUAAGAGAUUCUCUUAUCGAUUAUGAAUGGAGAUGCCCUGACUUUUCUUUAUCUGGUUUCUAUAUCAACUAUGUUUUGCUCAUAUGUGUGGAUUUUUUCAUGAAUCAGUAAACAACAAAUAUAUCAAGAGAGAAUGAAUAAUCCCAAUUAUUUUCUUCUCUUUUUUUGUGGAUAAAGAUGUAUUUCUAUUUUGGAUAAUGACGAGUUUAUAGAAGUAAGCAAAACGUAAAUAAAUCUUAUAAGAAAUACUAUAUGAAUGAGAUAUUUAUAAACUUCUACUUUAUCAAGAUUAGGGUUUUCUUCUUCGUGCAGUUCAUCCUUCCUUCUCGAGUAAACAAAAAAAAAAUGUCCGGUGAAGACAGGAUCAGUGCGUUGCAUGACGAUUUGCUGCUGAAGAUAUUGUCUGAAAUCCCAACAAAAGAUGUAGUGACCACCAUGGUUUUGUCCAAACGAUGGCGUUUUGUCUGGACGAAGGUGCAUAAACUUGAGUACAAGGAUACAAGGAAAGAAGGGAAUAGCAGAGUUUGGUGGUUAAUUGAAAAGUCUUUGCAACUCCACAAAGCAACUGUACUAGAAAGCUUGCAUAUCCAAGUUGAACAUCAGUUUUGCGACGAUGCAGAUGUAGGAAAGUGCGUUUCAUACGCUGUUGACCACAACGUUCGAGAGCUAGCUCUUAUUAUACCACCUCAACCAAUGAUCCUACUACUACCAUCGAACGUUUACACCUCAAAAACGCUAGUGAAACUGACUCUAUCAUGUAGGACUCUCUUCAUUGAUGUCCCUUCCCUACCUUGCCUUCCUUCGCUUCAGAGGCUGGCCCUUCUCAAUGUUGUGUAUAAAGAUGAAAACUCUCAUGUUAGGCUUCUAUCGAAUUGCCCUGCGCUCAGACAUUUGGAAGUGCAGCGAAACAAGAGUGACAAUGUGACAAGUUUCAUUGUGAAAGUUCCUUCCUUAAAGAGUUUUAGAUACACGCAACACAAAAGAGCUUCUGGUAGGUCCUUGGUUUUAGACUCCCCUGGAUUACGACGCCUUACUUUAAUUGAUCCGCAUGGAGACUUAGACUCGAUCCAGAAUAUGCCUCACCUUGACUGGGCUCAUGUUUUUCUCAUUAUUCCAUACCCGAAAGACGACAAGUUUCUGAGAUCUUUUUCCUCUGUCAAGGUUCUCCGUUUGAGUCUAAGAAACGUAAGCAUUUGAAUAUCCUUUUUUCAGUUAUUCUUGAGAUUAAUCUUAUUAACAAUAAAAACUGAUAAUUUUUAGAGCACGUACGUGACUUAUGUAUAAUACUAUAAUAGAUUUUUAAAAUUUGGGGGUUCAGUGCGAAUGUUUCAUCGGGCUGUGUCUAGAACUGAUUCGGCUUCUCCCUACGUUAAGUUGGCUAUUGUGACGCCUACGCGGACUAUGGCUAUGUUUUAUUUUAUCUUGUGUUCCAUUUGGUUCAACUGCAGGUUGAAUGUUGUAGCACCAUUAAGUUCUCUCGGCUCAUGAAGGUUACGCUGCAUCUUUGUUGCUUUGAUGACUUCAUGUGUUCGUUGGAACCACUUUUGCUUUUCCUUCAUAACUCUCCUAUACUAAAAGUUCUUGAGAUCAACUAUGUGAGUAACUUCUUCCAUCUCCCUCAAAUAAAAUUAAGUUUUGAUAGACUAUGCAAGUACCUUUCUCCUCGUUGCUUUUCAGGAUGUGGCUCUUUGCUCUAAUGGUGUCCCACUUUCGUGGAACAGACCAAGUUCUGUACCGGUAUGCUUGUUGUCCCAUCUCGAGAUCUUUGUAUGGAAAGAGUUUGCAGGAAGAAGGCAAGAGAGAGCGUUCGUGGCGUACAUCCUUGCAAACUCAAAGCGGCUAAAGACGGCUGUAUUUUCUCCCACAUACAAUCUCUACGAAAAAGAGAAAG